GAAGGAGGAGCGCGCCGGGUGCAAGCACGUGACCGGGGCCCGAAGCCGGAAGCUACCUAUCUGGUAGGGAGCUCCCCCAGCACCGAAGACUGCGAUGGUGAGUGAGGACGCAUGCGCGGGAGGACCCGCCAGGGGUUCCGCGUCUCUGCUCCCCAAUCUGUGUGGUUUCCCCCUCACUUCUGCACUGACCCAGGGGCUGGAGCGAAUCCCAGACCAGCUCGGCUACCUGGUACUGAGUGAAGGUGCAGUGCUGGCGUCAUCUGGUGACCUGGAGAAUGACGAGCAGGCAGCCAGUGCCAUCUCUGAGCUGGUCAGCACAGCCUGUGGUUUCCGGCUGCACCGCGGCAUGAAUGUGCCCUUCAAGCGCCUGUCUGGUGUGUCUCUCCUCCAGUGGUCUUUGGAGAACACACACUGCUGGUGACGGUGUCAGGACAGAGGGUGUUUGUGGUGAAGAGGCAGAACCGAGGUCGGGAGCCCAUUGAUGUCUGAGCCUGCUGGAGGGCGAGGGUCGGAGAAUCGGAUUGGGUCCUGGGCCUCUGUGAUGAGGCAGGCACACCCAUCGGUCUUGGCUUGCUGCUAGAACUAGGGCCUUGUGCUCGCCCACCUCCCACCCCUACCUGGAUGGGCCCGAGGCUUGGGGACUCUGAGCUGUGUUAAGGAGAACAAGGGCAAGGAGACCUCCCUUUGUGCUCCCUCCCUCCCUCCCUCCCUAAUAAACACAAGUCUGAUGUUCUCCA